UGUGUUGACAUCCGUCAAAAGGAGUUUGAAAAAAUAUUACUUAAAUACAACCAAUUGCUAUAAUUUCUAAUAUAGGCAUCAUUACAUUUUCACAGAUAUUAGAACAUAUAAGUGAUUAGGAACUGACGCAGAUUUUUCAUUAAACUAUAAUGGCAAAAGAUACUACGGAAGAAAUAAAUCCUUUGCUUAUUUACCCCGAAACAUGCCAAAGAUUGUUUACAAAUAGUGUAGGUCGUCCUAAAAAGACUAAUGAAAUUAAUUUCAGUCCAGAACCGAAAUCGAUUAUUGCUGUAUUUUUAACUAAAGAAAAAAAUGAUAAAAACAAAAACAAUAUACAACAAUCGAAUGUUACAAAAAAACAAAAAACUUGGACUUGUAGUUACUGUAUGAAGAGAGUGUUUCACAGCAAAUCUGAGUUUAAGAAACACAAUACAAAGCAUAAUCAUAUUUUCAAGUGUGAUGUGGAAAAUUGUUCAUACAAUACAAAAUUCUCUUCAAACCUCAAAAGUCAUAAAAGAAUACAUCUCUCUGAACAACCAUAUUUUUGUGAUGAAUGUACAUUUAGAUCAAAAUUUAUAAGUUCUUUAAAAACACAUAAAAGGCUUCAUAGGGAUGAAAGACCAUUCAAGUGUCAGUUUUGUGAAUAUAAGUGCAAUAGCUGUUCUAAUUUAAAAAAACAUUGUACUCGUAUUCAUGAAAACAAAACCAAUGACAAAGAUAAUAAUUUUUCUGAAUCCAGUGACAGUGUUCAGUAAAGUCAACAACUACUGAUUCACGCCAGCCAAAGAGGAAAUAACCAGAUGCAGA